UCUCCGGACUGUACGAUGAAAGCCAGAGAGAUCGUAAUUUUCCACACUUGCUCUUUUCUGUUUUCUCUUCUGUCAGAUGCGGGGGUUUCCGGCUCUGAUGCUGAGCACAGGCUGUUCUCCAUCAUCUUCUCCAGUUAUAACCAGUACAUCAGACCCGUGGAGAACGUGUCCGACCCGGUCGUGGUCCAGUUUGAGGUGUCCAUGUCACAGCUAGUGAAAGUGGACGAGGUGAACCAGAUUAUGGAGACCAAUCUCUGGCUGCGACAUAUCUGGAAUGAUUAUAAGCUGAGGUGGAAUCCCAAGGACUUCGGAGGGGUCGAGUUCAUCCGUGUUCCCUCCAAGAAGAUCUGGAAGCCGGACAUUGUGUUGUACAACAAUGCUGUGGGAGAUUUCCAGGUGGACGAUAAAACGAAAGCUCUUCUGCGCUACAACGGAGACGUGACCUGGAUCCCGCCGGCCAUCUUCAAGAGCUCCUGCAAGAUCGACGUCACGUACUUCCCGUUCGACUACCAGAACUGCACCAUGAAGUUCGGCUCGUGGACCUACGACAAGGCCAAGAUCGACCUGGUGCUCAUCGGCUCCACCAUCAACCUCAACGAGUUCUGGGAGAGCGGCGAGUGGACGAUCAUCGACGCGCCCGGGUACAAACACGACAUCAAGUACAACUGCUGCGAGGAGAUCUACACGGACAUCACGUACUCGCUCUACAUCCGCCGGCUGCCUCUGUUCUACACCAUCAACAUGAUCAUCCCCUGUUUGCUGAUCUCCUUCCUCACGGUCCUGGUGUUCUACCUGCCCUCGGACUGCGGCGAGAAGAUCACGCUGUGCAUCUCCGUCCUCCUCUCGCUCACGGUGUUUCUGCUGGUGAUCACCGAAACCAUCCCGUCCACGUCUCUCGUCAUCCCUCUGAUCGGGGAGUACCUCCUGUUCACCAUGAUCUUCGUCACGCUCUCCAUCGUGAUCACGGUGUUCGUGCUGAACGUGCACUACCGCACGCCGAAGACGCACACCAUGCCGGGUUGGGUGAGGCGGGUCUUCCUCGGCUUGCUCCCGCGGGUCAUGUUCAUGACGAGGCCUGGGACCGACCCGGAGCGACCCGGGAGACCGUGUGCUCUUCACGCUCCAGCUUCCCCUGGCCCCAUCGCUCCUGGCCCGCUCCUGUGCUCGACCGAGCUCCACAGCCUGGCCGCCGCCGGGCUCCUGCGGGGAGAGUGCCCUGGCCCCUGUUGCUGGAACCCUCACGGCAUCAGCGGCGCGGGAGACGACGGAGGAGCGAGUCCCAGCUCCAGCUCCCAGUCCUCGGAUGGGCUUCUGUGCGCGGCCACUCUCUCGCCGCGGGUCCGAGAGGCCAUCGAGAGCGUCAAGUACAUCGCAGAGACCAUGAGGCUUAAGAACGAGGCCGAGGAGGUCCAGCACGACUGGAAGUACGUUGCCAUGGUGAUCGACCGGAUCUUCCUGUGGGUGUUUGUGCUGGUGUGUAUUCUGGGGACGGCCGGGCUCUUUCUCCAGCCGCUGCUGUUGGCCGAGGACAUGUGAAGCACACUUUCGAUCUCAACAUUUUGAUAGUCAGAAUCAAGUUUUAGCAACCCUAACAAUGCAUUUUUUUACAUAUUUCUAUCAUGCGUCGUUUAGAGCUGAAUGCCAAGACAGUCGCUGGACCUCGAAGGGUUAAAUGGAUCAUCAUCGGACUUUAGGAAGGUUUCUCUGCACCCGUUACCUUAAACGCGGUUAAAAGUCUUACCCAAAAGUGGACAUUUAUUUGCUCUCGAGUUGUGCAUAACAGACACAUGUUCAUUAUUGUUCAUAACACACGGCGUCAUAUUUUCUUUUCUGGUUCCAGAAAUGUAGUAUUUUGAAGAAUUCUCACACAGGUCUUUUCCAUAGUUCAUAUUAGCUCCAGAAUACACAAUCUUAUUUCCAAUAUAUAGACUUUUUAUCUGACAAUUCUGACUCAUUUUUUUCUCUGAUUGCUUUCUCAGAAUUGUGUUUUGUUUUUGAAGUCAGAAUUGCCAGAUAAAAAGUAGUAUUUUAUUAUUGUGGUAAUAGGUUUCCAUACCAAAAUGGCUAAAAGGUAGUCUGUGCAACUCUGCUUUUGUCUUCCAGGGAAAAAUAACAUCACACAGCAUUUUUUAUUUAUGUAUUACAUUAUAAUAAUUUGUUACAUUAUAUAAAAAAUAUCUAAUAAAAAAACCUGUUAGACUUUUUUUUUACAGACUUAUAAAAAAUCCAGUCUCUUUAUGUUCACAUUUGCUUCCAGCGCCACCUGGUGGUGACUUUGAGCAAGUCCAGGGAACCAGUCAGUAAUGGGUUUCUAAAACUAUCAAUGCAAUCCGAUGUUGUUUUCCUGACAUGUAAUAAUUGUCUGUUCGCUGUACAUGUCAAUAUAUUCUUAAUGUAAAACUUUGAUGCACAUUUCCAACCUUUCAAGCAACCCUGCAAAUAAAGGAAACACUGAGA